AACCAACCAGGAAUACAGGUUUUCAUUGAGAGUAAACUACAUAGCUUACAUUCUGCUACACAUAGUCAGUCACGCAGUUUCACUGAAGCUGAUCACCUCAGGAGUCGCUGAUAACUUUUAAAUAUUUUUUUAUCCUACAAAUUUGAAAUCUCCUGAAAAAUCACCAUGUCUUUGGACCUUGACCGAUACUCAGCGGAUAGACAACGGCGCUCUACUGGCCGAAGCCAGCCUAGAUCCCAAUCCAGAUCCCAAUCCAGAUCCCAGGCUCAAGUCGGAGAUGUUCUGUGUGACUUCUGCACUACCAGGAAGCAAAAAGCAGAGAAGUCUUGCCUGCUAUGCCUGGCAUCUUACUGCGAAGACCAUGUCCAGUCGCACUAUGAGUACCCAGCCCUGAUGAAGCACAAGCUGGUCAAAGCCACAGGUCAAAUGAGGGAGAAGGUGUGCGCCCAACACGACAAACUCCUGGAGGCCUUCUGCCGCACGGAUGAGACCUCUGUGUGUGUGCUGUGCAUGAUGGAUGAACACAAGCACCAUGACAUUGUGCCAGCUGGAACCGAGAGGACAGAGAAACAAAAACAACUUGGGGUGACUCUGCACAAAUCUCAGCAGAGGAUUGACCAAAGAGUUAAAAAAUGGCAGGAUCUUCGACAAGCUAUGGAAUCAAUGAAACACUCAGCUCAGGUGACCAUGGAGGAGAACGAGCGCAUCUUCACCGAGCUGCUCCUGUCCAUCGAGAGGAAAUACAACGAGGUGAAGGAGAUGAUCCGCUCCCACGAGAGGGCCACGAUCACAAGCACCCAGCUCCUGCUGGACCGACUGGAGGAGGAGAUCACCCUGCUCAAGAAGAGACACAAUGAUUUAGAGAAGCUUUCCCACACAGACGACCACAUUCACUUUCUGCAGAGCUGGCAGUCUCUUUCUGGCCCAUCCGGGUAUGAAGACCUCAACCGCAUCAGCGUCGCUCCAAACUACUCCUUUGAUGCUACCAAAAGAGCCGUUGCCUCACUAAAAUUACAAGUGGAGGAAGUUGCCAAGCAAGAAAUAAGCAAAAUCUCUGCAUCAGUCAAAGACGUCUACAUUACGCAAGAAGGUGACAAGGAACCUAGGAGGGAAUCGUUUUACAAGGAGGAAACAAGGAGAGAGGAUUCGAGCAGGGAGGUGUCAAGGAGCAGAGAUGAACCAAGGACCAGAGAUGACUUUUUACAGUAUGCUUGUCAGUUGAGUCUGGAUGUGAACACUGUUCACCCCAACCUGCACAUUUCUGAGGGAAACAGAACAGCUACUAUGAAGAGUGAGCCCAGGAACUACCCUGACCACCCGGAACGCUUUGAACACUGGCAACAGGUACUUUGCAGAGAGACCCUGACUGCUUCUCGUUCAUACUGGGAGGUGGACUGGAAAGGGACGGAGAUUGACGUGGCUGUGACUUACAAGGGAAUCCGACGCAAAGGCAAUGACAACGAAUGCAGUCUGGGCUGGAACAACAAGUCUUGGAGCCUGUACUGCUCAGACUCCAAAGUGUCUUUUGUACACAACAAUAAAAGCACAGAUUUGUUGGUCCCUCGCUCUUCCUGCAUUGGGGUCUACCUGGAUUACAUUGGGGGAACCCUCGCAUAUUACGCUGUGUCCGGUAACAACAUGCAGCUUCUCCAUAAAGUCCAGACAUCUUUCACCCAGCCGCUGUAUGCUGCGUUCAGUGUGUGGGGAUUUGGUACCACCAUCAAGCUAUAGAAGAUAUAAAGAAGAAAUGACUGAAGAAAAUCAGUUACUGUUUAUUUAAAUGUGAUGUAUUCUACAAUGUUAAUUGUUCUGAAAUUACUGCACUUUAAUAGCACUUAUCUGACAUAAUUAUAUUGAUCAAAUGAGACAAGAGAGCAAAUGAAUAUAGCUAAGCCCACAACCUUUGUAAAGUUUAAAGAGCCCAUAUUACACUAUUUUCUGAUCUAUGAAUAAUGUUUCUCAUUAAAAAGUUGUGUUUUGUUUCAUUGACAUAUGUUUAACACACAAACCCUUUAUAUUUGGGCAGUGUUCUACUCUCAAACUGAAAACUCUCCACCUUGCACCUUGAUGUCAUGUGGCAAUACAGGAAGUGCUCCACUGUGUUUCUAAACUCCAUACACCUUCACUUUAAUCAUUUGGAUGAUUUCAGCACUGGAACUGCCAGUCUCUAUGGAACAAAAGGUUAUCUGUUAACUUAAAAAAACUAUUGCUUCAUGACAUCACAAGGGGGAACAGAGCAAUUUGAGCUUUGCAGAUGUAAACAGACUAAUAAUAGUUACUCAAACAUGUGUGAAUGAAACAAAACACAACUCAGGGUAUGUUUUUGAUGAGGUAACUACAUUCUAACUUCCUUAAAGCUUUCCCACAUGUACAAAGAUAAUAACCUUUCUGCCUUUAUAAUUUGUAUGGUAUUUUAACGUUAUAUGGCUUUAUCACUUUUUAUAAUUAAUUUUUCAUUCAUUUUUUGCAAGUUUCUUUUAGUUUAGCCUGCAAAUUCAAUAAAAAAUAAAAGUGUUUUUCCACAAUGAGGCUAACACAAAAUGUAAACCUUUAACCCUAACUAACUUUAGAUCUUUGUGUAAUCCCUCAGUCAAAUAAGUAUGAUCCAUGAACAAAUUUAUCUUUAAUUUGUUGUUUUUGCAUAUUUUGAUUUUGAUAAAUAAAGAACUGUAACAACGCAC